CUCCCCCAUAUUUCCGAGAACUUUGGAGGGUGUUUUGGGGUUUUUUUCUUCUUCUUCUCUACUCUAGCUACUCCCUAUUUGAAAAUGCUUAUCGCAAGUAGUUUGCAGAGGAUAGACGCCUCCUUCCAUGUGAUGUCACUCGGGAUCUGAUACAUAUACCCCUCGUGUCGUCAAAAUAUCAGUAUCUUCCCGUCACCUCAACUGUGUUUUUUUUUUUCUUUUCUUUUCUCUAAUAUAUGAAUCUUUUUCUGGAAUUUUAUAUUUCCCCAACCCGUCGUGCUCUGUGACUAAAAUUUUAGCCAUAACGACUGUAACUUUCCAGAAUGGCGUUCAAUAAUAACGCUCAUCGACCGACUCCAGGUCCGAAGUCUCGCCAUCGCGAAGGCCUACAUCUGAGAGCGCUGAACGUCGAGAAAGGAUCGAAAAGGUUUUCCUCUACAGACUAUCCUUUCCCACCCCAGACUGCCACUUGGCGCAACAAUUUGACUGCGCUCUCCCAGCGUCGUAACCUAUUGUUUGUUGCUUACAAUCAUCAAAUCUAUGUCUGGGAGCCCGCUGGAUCGUUCCAAAUAUUGGGAUCUAAACCUGAGAUGAUCAUUACGCCAGUCAUGAAGGAACCACACAACGGUGGAUAUAUUUCACAGGCCUUCCCUCACGCGAUCAAUAACAUCCUGGUAGAUGAUUUGGGUCGAGAGGAAGUAUUGUUACUCGUUACUGAUUCUGGGAAUGUCUGCGGGUACCGAGUUGAAGCAAUCUUUUCAGCUCUAAAAAGAGCCUCAGAGGAAAAAGAACCCAAGCCUUUGGAUAGCUCCCAGGUGGACCCUUUCUUCGUCGAGUAUGUUGAGGCCAGUGCUUGGGGUCUGGCGAUUCACAAAUUCGCCCGCUUGAUCGCCGUAUCGGCAAACACUGGUUUAAUUACUGUGUUCGCUUUCGCACUUGUUAAUCCCGCCUCUGGGAGUGCCGAUGAUUCGUUCUCCCAGUUGGAAAGCAAUGGUGGAUUUGCUGAUUACGGUCAAACUUGGCUACAUAUUAGGACCAGCGACCAGUUCGCACAGCUCCGACACUGGAUGCCAGAAAAGCACCGCACUCGCAACAUUAAGUUGUCUUACACUGGCCAUUUCACCAACAUUCCGUCAGUCUCCUUUUUGAACUGUGACCUUGACCCCAAUGGAGUGUGGAUGGUUAGUACAGACAUCGAAAACAAACUCCUAGUUUGGAAGGUUUGGGAUAGCCUUGGGCCAUUUAAUCUGGUCCAUUUCAAUGAAGUCACAUUUAGGACCUUUCCGGAUACUUUGCGUAACGACAGCGAACGUGGAUGGGCUGUCAUUGCUCUUGACCCACGUAGCUUUCACUUGCUCAGAUCAACAGAAGAAGCGUGUGGUGGUCAACCCCAACGACGGAUAAAGAACGGAAAUGCAAUUCUUGACUUGACAAAACUAAUUAGUCGAGUAUCUAAUGCGUCGCAUUUGUACAACUAUUUCCCUCCCGCAGCCAAGGCCGAGCCAGAGGAGCCAGUAUUACCUGAUAUUUUCGGAGCCGAUUGUCUAAUAAGUACGAAAAAUGGUUCACUCCAAUCCGCUGUUCAUGGUGUCCGUGAUCCUUCAGUGCCCCCCGACCCUAGUGAUCUUGCAGCGAUCAACCCGCUUCCCAGUGUCAGCAGUAGCUUUCGCCCUUCUGAAUCCGCUGACACUUUUAGCCACCGGGCUGUGGACGGUUCUUUUCAUGAAGAUCACUUGAGUGAUGAUAGUCCAUCAGAUACAGACCCAGAACCGGACGAUCAGCAAGAUGCAAGCCAUAAUGAACUUCUAAGGGCCCUAGGAGGUUCAGAUGAACACAUCAAUACCCCCAUUCCUCCCGGACAUGGGCCUUUGACAACCCCAGAGUUCCUUCAAUUUGCUCUUCUCGAAGCGCUCGGCGGUGAUGUCCAUGAAAUCGAGCAAUUUCUUGGUGAAAGCAUGGAUCACGACUCCACAGACGAGGAUGAUUAUCUUAAUGAUCAGGAGAUGGAUGAAGCGGACGAUGACUCAGACAGCGACAGCCCAGAAGUCGGUAGUCUUGCAUACCAAACCUUCGAUCCUCCAGCUAACUCAAACUUCCCAAUUCUUCAUUUCUCGCAAACAGACAUCCGUCUAGUCUGUCACCCCUUCUCUUCCCACGCAAGCGUUGUUUGCGGUGCCCCUCUGCGCCAACCCUUCACUCACCCUAUAGUAUCCCUCCGAGCCUGCGACCGCUUUAACAUGGUCAAAUACAUCCCCGAGCACGGUAUCGUCAUAGCAGCCUCCCAAAAAGGCCGCGCAGCAGUCAUUGCACUGACCGAAUCUAAGAAUAUUGGAUUCUCCUUCCGAAUAGACUGGAUUGUUCCUUUCGAAAGCCAAGAAAAAUACGGCGACCGCCCGCUUAUCCCCCUGCUAGGCAUGACCGUUGGUCCUAUGCAAGGCUUCGAAGCACCCCCAGACGUCCCAUACAUCCCUCGCAAUGCCGACGACAAUACCCUCAUGUUCCAUUACAGAGACACACACACCCAUACCGACAGUAACAACGACGAAACCGAAACCGAAACCGAAACCGAAACACGACUACCAAGCAGCAGCAGCAGCAGCAGCAGCAGCACAUCAUCUACAUCCGCUCGUAGCCCACGCCGUAGUGGUGGCAACAAUGAGCAUUCCUCAGCCUCAACUCCAGACCCCCGACAACAGCAACCGCCUCUCACGUUACCAGAGUGCCAUGCCAGAGCUACCCGCGCAUAUCGGCCCGAGGAGAGCUGGCGUGGCUGGAACCCGUCUCGCCGGUAUCGCCUUCUACUCAUGUUUGCGGACCAUACCGUUAUGAGCUAUGAGUUCUGGUAUACGUGGAAUUCUUCUUCCGAUACCGGUGAUGGCCUUGCCAUUGACGAAGAUGAGUAUCUUAUCGUUUAGAGUGGACAUGGGGAGACACAGCAUAUCACAUGGGCUUCCUUGUAGAAGAUCCCUUAUUUGGUUACUUCUAUGGAAAGUGUGUUUGUCAAUUAAGAUAUCCCAUCUCCAACUUGGUUCGAUUGUUUCUUUCUAGUCCCUUGCGGAGCGGAGAGAGGAUUUAGUCCGAAUCUGCGAGCUUCUUGUAUAUAUAUUGUUUCGGUAGUGGGCAUGGUUUUUUUCUUUUUUUUUUUUUUUUUUUUUUCGGGGUUCAAAAGUCGUUGGAAGG